AAAGGUGACUAGUCAGAUUUUAACAAAUACAUUAGCCAUGAAUAAACUAAUUUCAUACAUCAUUGGGUUGUCCUUUACUCUUUCUGAUCCUGAGAAUGGUUAUUUCAGUUGUCACAUGUAGGUGCUUUGCUGAGGAGGUUUUUGCCGGAUCUUGUUAAUUACCAAAUUAGUCCAGUUGAAUGCAGGUUGAAGGAGAAUAAACAGGAACAUAACAACCACAAAAUUAGUAUUUUUGUCUCUCCAAUCUCUUGAGCUAAGAGAACAGUCAUGGACAGACGCACGAACCCCACCAGACCAGUAGCGAUGUCUUCCUCUUCCAUCACUGCCACCACCAUCAUAACAAUUCAAAACUCUGAGCCAUCAACCUCUUCAUCUCAGCACCAACAGCAACCUGAAGAAGUACUUUUCCUCCCCCUGAAUCGCAAGAAGAAAAAGGUCAGUUGGAAAGAGGGCACCGUAGACAAUGAGUUUAUGCAGAAGAAGAGUUCCAAGAAAUGCUGUAUCUUCCAUAAAGAGAGGCCCUUUGAUGAAGAUGACAGCGAUGAAGAAGAACAUCACUCUGAAAAAUGCCCUCACGAUAGUGGGUUUAGCUGUAAGAAUCAUGAUGAAGCUGGCCCAAGUAGCUAGAGAAUUGAUUCAGCUGAGCGGUGAUUAAUGAAAGCUAAAGAAUAUAUUUGUAGAGUAACUGGUGAAAUCGUUGAACUUAGCUUUGCAACUCAAUAAUUAUUUAAUUUCGGUUGCAAUUAUAAGAUUACGACAUUGAAACUA